CGACAAACUUCUUUUAUCCUAUUGGUCUAAUUAAAUUUACCGCGUAAUUAAUUUUAAUAAAUGGGCUUAACUUUCCAUCAAUAAGGCCCACUAAUGUAAUGGGCCUAGCGCUAAAGUGAUUGAUAUCGGAAAUUACAAGUGUGCCACUCACUUCGCCUCUCUCUUUCGUUGGUUCGUUCAGAUUUGCAUCCCUCUCUAAAACCUUGACGACGCCGGAGAGAGACGAACUAUAAAAAAAAAUGUUUAGAUCCGUCGUGAGAAUCACCUCCAGGAAUCUCAAUCUCAAUCUCAACCGUGGAUCUCUGAUUCCAAACGACACCGUUUCCCAUUUCCCUUCCCCUCCUUCAGCUUCCGCAGCAACACUCAUCCCUAGCUUAGACCACGCUCAUCGCCGCCGCUUCUCAUCUUCCAAGAGUACGAAAUCUUCCAUCACCAAGACGAAGAAGUCCGACGGCAAGAAAUCCAAAUCCAAAGGCGGCGAAUCCGGCGCCGCCGCCGGAGCCGAGGACGGAGAGUUCGGCGGGUCCGCUGGAGACGACCUCGAGGCGGGUCGCGCCAAGAGGCUGGCUGAUGACGAGAAGACUCCGUCUCUGGAUGUAGGUCCUAAUGGGAGACCUCUGUUCACUCCCAGAGAUGUUACGCUCUCGAAGCUCUCUCACAAAGAUAUCGGCUCCUACUUCAAAUUCGAUGAGGCAGCGUUGAAAGCAGUUCUGCCGGAGGGAUUAGCUUCAGGGAUUGAGGAAGAGUUUAAAGAAUCAUGGAGACCUGCGUUGCUUGUGAGGAAGAGUUUCUUGGAUCUGAGGGAUAACUUCAGACGUAUUGCUGAUCCUCCCAUGGGGCCUAGUGAGGGUAAAGGUGGUGUGAAGCCUAAGAAGCAGAUUAUUUUGGAUGGUCCUGUUAAGAGUGGAAAGAGUAUUGCUUUGGCGAUGCUUGUUCACUGGGCACGUGACGAAGGCUGGCUAGUUCUGUAUGCACCCAAAGGACGUGACUGGACUCAUGGAGGCUACUUCUACAAGAAUCAACAUACAGGCUUUUGGGACACUCCUCUACAAGCUGAGAGUAUUCUCAAGGAUUUUGUCAAGUUCAAUGAACCUCGCUUAAGAGAGUUGCGGUGCAACGUCUAUGAUCCCAUCGUGCUUGGAGAGGGUGCGGGUGUAGGAUACUUGAAAGGGCAAGAGACUAUGCCGAUUCCAGAGGAUUCAACUCUGUAUGACCUUGUGCAAAUGGGGAUUAAUAGCACUCACGCUGCUGUUAGUGUCGUUGUGCGACUUAGGAAAGAACUUUCACUCGUUAAAGAUGUUCCAGUCUUGAUUGCAAUUGAUCAAUAUAACAAUUGGUUUACGUUCAGUGAGUUUGAAGAGCCCGUGACACCACGUUCUUGCCGACCUAUACAUGCCAGAGAACUUACGACGGUGAAUGCCUUUAGGAGCAUGAUGCAUGAUGAUAUGAUGGUGGGUGCAUUCUCACAUUCAACAGCAGUAGGUAAACUACGCAAAGACUUGCCAGAUGUUCCAGCCGAUGCUCGUCAGAAUUUCCCUCGUUAUAGUUUAGAUGAAGCAGAAGCUGUCUGCUAUUACUACCUUCGGCAAAGACUGGUUAGGCGUGAGGUAUUCUCAGAAGAAAACUGGAAGAAGAUAUACUAUUUGGCUAAUGGAAAUGGAGCAGAGAUGCGUUGGUUAGUCCCUUUCAUGCGUUGAGAAACAAACACAUGAACAAACAACAUAGUUCUUUUAAAUGUUGGUUACUUUAAUGUGGCCUUUGCUGGUGUUUGAAGUCAUCCCAUUAGCUUGGGAAAGAAACUCUUUUCAGUUUCUGAUUUAAAAGGAAGAUUUCUUGUUAUUUUGGUUUGCUAGUUUAGGUUUUUGUCUUGUCUGUAAAAGACUUGUGGUUGGACCUAAAUCUCUUCAUAAUAAAAUCAGUGCCAUUCAUUUAAUAA